AGAUGCAUUUUGGAAACCUACAAUAUUUGGAAGUGACUGAAUGCAUACAAAAUCGGUAUUUCUCCCCAUUAAGUAUAAAUGAAGACAGCUUACAAGCGGCGUUUAUGUUGUCUCUCUCUUAUUCUGCCUCAGUCCAAGUGCGAGAGAGUUAGUGUAAAGGAUAAGCUGAAAAAUCAUGGCCUCUCUAUGUUCCUUCACCGCUUCUUCUUUCUCUUCUCAAUGCGACAACGUUUCCCUUUCUCACCCUCUCAAACCAUCGUUGCCUCUCACCAACUCCUUCACACUUCCAAGGAACAUGAAGAAGAAGAAGAGCGGUGCGAGAACGAGGCCUCUGUUUUGCGCAUUCAAAAACGCCGCGUUGCAGUACAGGAACAUCGGCGACUCCGACCUCAACAUAAGCGAAAUCACUCUUGGUACUAUGACCUUUGGGGAGCAAAACACGGAGAAAGAAGCUCACGACAUUCUUCAUUACGCUUUUGACCGUGGCAUCAACGCUCUCGAUACUUCUGAGGCCGUACGCUACAUAGGUGUUUCAAAUGAGACUUCAUAUGGAGUGAUGGAGUUUGUCCAUGCAGCUAAAGUUGGAGGCCUUCCAAAGAUUGUCAGUAUCCAAAACAGCUACAGCUUGCUUGUUAGAUGUCGUUUUGAAGUUGAUCUUGUGGAAGUUUGCCAUCCAAAGAAUUGCAAUAUUGGCUUACUAUCCUAUUCCCCACUUGGAGGUGGAAUACUCACAGGAAAAUAUAUAGACAUAAAUUCUGAAGCUGCAAAAAGAGGAAGGCUGAACCUCUUCCCUGGCUACAUGGAAAGAUAUAAAAAUUUGGCUUCACGGGAAGCUACUAUUAAGUAUCUUGAGUUGGCCAAGAAUCAUGGUCUAACUCCUGUUCAGCUUGCACUUGGAUUUGCGAGAGAUCAUCCAUUCAUGACAAGUACAAUUAUUGGUGCAACCUCUGUGGACCAGCUAAAAGAGGACAUUGAUGCUUUUACAUCAACUGAGAGACCUUUACCGGCAGAAGUCAUGACAGAUAUUGAAACUGUCUUCAAGAGAUACAAAGAUCCUGCCAUUUUUUAAUGAUUAAAAAUAGAGAGUGAAUAAAAUAAUUGAAUUUUAAUAUAUACAUUAAAACUAGGAUUUACAGUAACUGUCUGCAUUCCUUACCUGAAUUACAGAAAUGUUAUUAGGAUUUACAUUUUUGUUAAUUAAGUCUCUAGUAUUAACUGGUAGUCAUUUUUAUGGUUUAGAUGACAUUCUUACCUUUAUUUCA